AUAUGGUGGGCUGCUGGGCAAUCUGUUGUAACAAAAUAAAUAACGUUACUGCUCAUGAAUGAACAAAUUGAGUGCAGACAAUUGAGGGAAGCUAGCUAGAAGGCAAGCAUGGCCUCUCCUGCGGUGGACCUCUUGAUCGGCAAGAUUGUUUCUGUCCUUGAGAAUGAAGUGUCGCUGAUAGGAGGAGUUCAUCAUGAACUCAAUGACCUCAAGAAAGAGUUGGGAUGGAUGAGGUCCUUUUUGCAGGAUGCUGAUAGAAAGAGAGCUCUUACAGAUUUAGAGAAAUCCUGGUGGAAGAAGUGAAAGACAGUGCCUACCGUGUUGAAGACAUCACCGAUGAGUUCGUGUAUCACAUGAACAAGCAACAAAGUGGGGGUAAAUACAUAAGGCUCUUCUUCAAGACUAUUGGCAUCCCAAAGAAUCUGUUGGUGAGACAUCGAAUAGCCAGAGAGUUACAAAAGAUCAAGAGAAUGAUCAAAGACAUUCCAGAAAGAAGCCAACGUUAUGGUGUCGAUCAUGUGAGAGGAACGAGCUCACAUGACGAUCAGAGAUGGGUGCAAAACCAAGCUGAGUCUUCUCUCUUCUUUAAAGAUGAUGAUAUGGUCGGGAUUAAAGAUGAUUGUCUGUUAUUAGUCAAAUGGUUGAUGGAUAACGAAUCACAACGCAUCGUUAUUUCAGUGGUGGGAAUGGGUGGUUCAGGCAAGUCCAGCCUAGUUGUCAAGGCCUACAACCACGAGAAUGUCAAGCGACAGUUUUGACUGCCAUGUUUGGAUCACUGUCUCACAAACUUACAACGUUGAGGACCUACUUAGGCGCAUGAUUGAGGAGUUCUACUGCACAUCAAAGGAAGCUGUUCCAGUAGGCUUGAGCACCAUGAGAUACAGACAGCUGGUCGAGAUUCUUUUGGAUUACCUAUGGCCAAGAAGGUAUGUAGUUGUCUUCGAAGAUGUAUGGAGCGAUCACCUCUGGAAAGACAUUAAAUGUUCACUUCCGGAUGAAAGACGUGGAGGUCAUGUCUUGCUUACAACUCGGAGAGAAGAUAUAGCUUCAUCUUCUUUUGAAGUUAAAAGCCAUGUCUAUCAUCUUAAACCACUUGGAUAUUCUGACGCAUUGGACCUCUUUUGCAUGAAAGCAUUCCCGAACCAUCCCAACACGAGUUGCUCUCAAGGUCUCGAGAGCUUAGCUUACGACCUCGUUGCAAAAUGUGAAGGUCUACCUCUAGCAAUUGUUACUCUAGGUUGUGUUAUGUCUUCCAAAAAAUCGGAAUGGGAAUGGAGACAAGCUUGUGAUGGCUUAAACUGGAUGUUGAGCAACAACGCCCAAUUAGAAAGAGUGACAAGUAUCUUGCUGCUAAGUUUCAAUGAUUUGUCUUACCGACUUAAGUGUUGCUUCUUAUAUUGUAGUCUCUUUCCCGAAGAUUACUGAAUUCAACGAAAGAGGCUCAUUAGACUUUGGAUGGCAGAAGGGUUUGUAGAAAAGGUCGAGAAGACAACACCUGAAGAGGUAGCAGAGAGUUAUUUCAUGGCACUCAUUAAUCGAAGCAUGCUUCAAGUUGUGAUGAGGAACCCAGCAGGAAGGCCAAAAGCACUUAAGAUGCAUGAUCUUAUGCAAGGGCUUGCUCUAUUGGUAUUAAAAAAAGAGAAGUUUUGCACUGUACUCUACGAUGGGAGUACUGAUCAUCAAGGCAGUGAUCAAGAGAAUGGAGCGCAUCACUUGUCAAUCCUAUCAAGUGAUCACAGAGAACUACUCAAAUCAUGGAAGAGUAAAUCUCGUCUUCGAACUCUUUUUGUUUUUGCCACUAAUGUGUUUUCUCCAUCUUUGAAUACAUUGCCAUCUGGCUUAAAAUUGUUAAGAGUCUUAGAUUUGGAAGAUGCACCGAUUGUGAAAUUGCCAGAUGAACUAGUUCAACUUUUCAAUUUGAGAUAUUUGAACUUGAGAGGAACUAGAGUUAAAGAGCUUCCAAAGUCCAUUGGAAGACUCCACAAUCUUCAAACCUUAGACAUUACGGACUCAAAGAUAGAAGUACUCCCAACUGGGAUUACCAAUUUGCGGCAUCUAAUUAUGUACCGCUGCAAUCGAGGACACUAUAGUGACUUUGAUUACACCUAUGGCACACCAUCACCGUCAAAUAUUUGUAAGCUAAAGAACUUGCAAGUGCUGGCUUGUGUAGAAGCAAACGCGGGGUUGAUGAAGCAAACCAAAAACAUAACCCAACUCACAAGGAUUGGCAUUACGAAGGUGAGGGAAGCAGAUAACAAAGACUUGUGCAUCUCAAUCCAAAAUAUGAAACUGCUACGCUACUUAUUCGUGAUGGUAACUGAUGAAGAGGAAUACCUUCGAAUGGAAGCGCUCUCCUCGGCUCCGCCCUGCCUUAAUAUGCUCAUUUUGGUUGGAAAACUGGAGAAAGUGCCUCGUUGGUUUCACUCACUUUAAACCCUCACAUAUUUGUAUUUGCAUUGGUCCAGGUUGAGAGAAGAUCCACUGCCAUACAUCCAACAACUGCCUAAUUUAGGGACCUCGCGCUUCUCAAUGGCUAUACAGAAAAACAAUUAUGCUUCUGUACAGGGUUCCUCAAGCUUACUAUUCUACACUUGAGUAAUCUCCCUCAACUGAAUGAAAUAAUAAUAGAGAAGGGAGUGAUGCCAGGUCUCCAAAAGCUGACUCUAGACACCUGUGAUGAGUUGAAGAUGAUGCCUCUUGGUAUUGAAUAUCUCAUGCAUCUACAAGAACUGAAUUUGAGGUUCGCUUCGAGUGAGCUCGCAGAGCUAAUACGUGGAGAAGAGAGCGUGGAUCGCCCAAAGGUUAGACACAUCCCUGAGAUCAACCAUUACUUCAAGUCCCCAUCCAGGAAAUCUUAUGAAAGCUUGUCCUGAUUCAGUCUACUACAAGGAGGUUGCUAGCCAUAUAUACACGAAGAAGUGAGGUCCUAGUCAGUUCUCUCUGUUUGUUUCAGAAUGGUUAUACUUCCUAGUUAAUAAGUUGGACAUGGUGGAUAUAUGCUGUGAUAUUGAAGAGAGACAGUUUCAGGCUACUCUGGUCUACCUGCUUUUGAUGUUGUCAUGGUGGUGGUGGUUGUUGUGCUUGUUGUUGAUGUUGAUUAGGAGAGUAGUAGUAGUUGGUGGUGGUAAUGGUGGUGGUUCAGUUCUUGUGUUAUUGUUGUAAUCUAUCUUGCUAAUUUUAAUUUUAGUGACUUCAGUCGUUCAAAUAUAUUGCCUGACAAACUCAAUUUGUGAAUUUGUUCUGAGAUUGAAUUCUUCAUAAAUCCAUUGAUUCAUUUUAAAUUGAUUUCUUCCAAGAGCAUGCAAUAAGUUAAAGAAAUUUGCUUUCUAUAAAAGGAAUAAAAGAAAUUUUCACUCAGUUUAUUUUGAUAUAAAAGGAUUUUAGAAAAAUAGUUUUGGUAGUUAUUAGUUUUUUGUUGAGUGAUUAGUGUCAUUAUGUGUAUUCUUAUGCAUUUCAAAUUAUCUAUAAAAGUGAUUCAACAUAACAUGAAAAUUAUCAAUUAUAGAAGAAAAUUGAAACACUUCUAAAAAGGAUGCUUGAUUAUUCUAAUGCUAGCAUCAAUUCCACAUAGUUUUCUCUUAGCCCCAAGAAAAAGAAAAAAGAAUAUGACUAAAAAAUACAAUAAAAUAAAAAGGAACAUACAGAGCACCAAUGCAAAUUCAGAGAAAAUCCUAAUAUAUCACAAUUCGAAAAGAGAAACGCCUUAAAACAAUCUUCAUAAGAGCACAGAACACUAACAAUCACUAAUUUGUACAAAUUUCUUAUAAAAAAAAAAAUUUGAAAAAGAACAAAAGAUAGAAUAGUAAAAGAAAAAAAGGAAUAAAAACACCAUAGAAGUGAUUAAGAGACGAUUAGAAAAAAUAAAAGAAACAAAAUGGUAUCUGCCAACUGACCUGAGUUACCGACUCCGGUGCCGGAACGAGGAAUUUAACAAAACGGCGCCGAAGAGUCUUACAGAAGAGAAGGGUCGUGCUAUAGAAAGAGGACCAGCCUUGCUUUUGGGCCGGGCCUGGGACCGGUUCACCUUUUCUAUUUUUGGCAAGUGGUCCACGUUUUCUUCAAUUUCCGCAAAUAAAUAGUGUAGAAAUUUAUUGCUAACUAGAAAUAGCUCAAGUCCAAUGUAUUAUACUAGCAAGAGAGCACGUGCAGAUGCACGUGAUGUAAAUCCAAGUUAUUAAUAAGAUUAUAAAAAAUUUUAAAAAAAUUAUUUGAUCAGUGAUUAAGUUGAUAAACUAUAAUUUAUUUGAUUCGA